AUGAAGAGUCAAACAAUCCUCACGACAGUCUUGGGCGCGAGUGGUGUUCUCUCACAGCCAGACCAUGGAGCUAUGAGCUUUGAUACAUGGUGUGUUACGUACCUGUCUACCUACCUUGUUCCUGUAGCAAAUCCUGAAACAGAGCCACAGAGCGAAUUGACCGUUAUCACUUCAGAUUCUGUAACUUUGACUUCAGAUGUUGUGUCUUUGACCGACCAAAUCACCACAACAUCAGGAUCCAUCGUGAGCAGCGAUGCCCUCACUACAUCAACAGGCAUCAUCGAACCACCAGGCCGCACCGUGAUCUUCCUCGUCUCCGCUCCCAACACCCGCAAACGGCAAAACACAGACAAGGGUUUCGUCGGAAACAACAACCCAUCAAUCUGCACCUUUGCUCAAAGCUUCAACCUUGCAGAGGAGCAGCUCUUCAUAGAUGGCGUACCGUUCUUCUACGACGGUGAAGAUUUUAAAGAGCUUGUUGCAGGACCUGCGCCCCCGGCAGGUGCUGUUACAAAACUCUUUGGAACAAAUGGGCGGGCGCUACAGGUAAACUUGCCUGGUGUUACAGCAGGAUUCUGUCAGGCGAGCGAUGGGAGAGUUUACGUGACUUUUACGAGUGGACCGGUUGGGUGUGAAGUUGUGAUUUUGGAAGUUUAUAAUAAGAGGCAGUGUCAGAAUGGGAGACUUGUUGGUAUUGACACAACUACAAGCGCGAUUGAGACCGCGACGUCUGAAAUCAUUAGUUCUGAAAGCGCCACCAGCGUCGAAGGUUCUGCCACGACAGAGAUUGUAUCCAGCUCUGAAGAUAUCGUUGCGUCAAGCAGCGGAGCCCAGUCUCAGUCUGUCGGACCGAUUUCUCAAACGACUGAGCCCGAAGCAUCUACGGUAGCUUCUUCCAGCGUGGCCGAGUCUAUCCCAGCCAGCCCAACAACCAGCAUCGCCGUGUCGGAAGCCUCUACGCUGUCCCCAGCCUCAUCUUCUGUUAUUGAUGAAACCACCACUGAUGAGGUAUUCCCAACCAGUGCGCCUUCGCUCGUUAGCACAACCACUGAGGUAGAAGAGUCAACUUCAAUGGAGGAGCCAACGUCGCAGGCUUCAUCCGAGACAGCGGAGACUUCUGAAAGUAGCUCUGAGGAGAGCACCUCGGCUGCCACGACUGAGGCUGAACAGUCCGCUACAGAGACUACUACCGCUGUGGAGGAGACCACCACCACCGAGAAUGAAACAACGAUAGAGGCUACUACUGAGAGCGGGACUGAGUCUGCAACGACGACAGAAGAUGCAACGACUGUUGUUUCUACCACCGAAGAGAGCUCAGCUGAAGAGACAACAGCCGAAGAGACAACCACAGAAGACAUUACAACAAUCGAGUCAACAAUCGAAGAGACAACGGCCGAAGAGACAACCACAGAAGACCAAACAACAGUAGAGUCAACAAGCGACGCUCCAACAACGACAGAAACUUCCACCACCGCGGGACCGCCAUAG